GUGACCUGUCCUUUUCUUGAUUCAGGCGCGUGUUUGUGUUGGCGACAUGAGGCUUCGGUUGAGUACAACGUACAACCUGAUAAAGCAUUAAUUAUGCGCUGACCGGAAGUUCAUGCGUGACUAUUGUGCGACCUCAAGCGGGUGAUGGUCAGUUGCGCGUAUUUCUUGCCGUACACGGAAAAGCCAGCUUCACCGCAAUGCCGCAAUGGCUGAAAACCCCAAGGUGAUCCUUCUAUUCAGUGGGAAGAGAAAGUCGGGAAAGGACUACAUAACAGAGAUGCUGAGGAAAAGGAUCGGAGAUGACAAGUGCACAAUAAUACGCCUUUCGGAGCCAAUAAAAGAGGCAUAUGCAAAGGAGCACAACCUCGACUACAAUCGACUACUCGACUCAUCCGACUACAAGGAGCUGUACCGCGCCAAGAUGGUCGCAUGGGGCGAGGAGAAACGCAACCAGGACUUGUCCUUCUUCUGCCGCCUGGCGGUCAAAAAGAGGGGCCAGCCAGGGUUCCCCGUGUGGAUAGUGAGCGAUGCCCGGCGAGAGAGCGACGUCGAGUAUUUCCGAGAGACCUUUGCCUGCCCCACACUCACUCUUCGGGUCAAAGCGCGUGAAGGCACACGCCGAGACCGCGGGUGGGUGCACACACCGGGUAUCGACGAUGCCACGACAGAGUGUGGUCUCGACCACAUGGACAACUGGGAUUUCGUGAUAAGCAACAACGAUGACGAUGACUUGGAAGGCCAACUCGAAUCUGUUCUCCAAGCUGUGCACCAGCACUGUUCAUGAUGUGCCAACAACUUUCUUCAAGACUGCAUUUCCUGCCUGUGCCAAGCCUCAUUAACAUAACCAUAUCUAUAUUGCUCACUACAAUCAGCUUCUGCAUUCAUAUUGAUGUUCGACGAAGCAUUCCAAGCUUUUGCGAAGGCAAUCAACGUUUUGAAAACCGAGCUAUGGGAAUCUACACACCUGCAUAACUGUUU